ACACAUGGGCCGCCGCUCAUCAAAAUGCUGCUGUAUUUAUGAGAAACCUCGGGCGUUUGGUGAGAGCUCCACGGAAAGUGAUGAGGAGGAAGAAGAGGGCUGUGGUCAUACACACUGUGUACGUGGUCAUCGCAAAGGACGGCGUCGUGCAACCCUAGGACCGACCCCCACCACCCCUCCCCAGCCUCCUGACCCUUCCCAGCCCCCACCAGGGCCAAUGCAGCACUAAAUUCCUCUCUCCUCCACCAUUCCUGUGUCUGUCUGGCCCUGAAUGUAUUCAUGUGGCUACUUCUCCAGCCCCCUCCUUCCCUCUCUUCUGCCUGAUAGAGGAAAGAGGAAGAGGAGGGUGAACAGAGAUCCUGGAAUUAUGACUUGCUGCUAUUCCAACCCAGCCUCCUGGGUUCCCCCAGUCCUCAUUUUUCCUCCCAAUACCCACCCUUCUCUCUCAAGGGAUCUAGUCAGCUUGGUCCCAGUCUCUUCCUUUUGUUCUCACUGCCAAACUGCCUGUCCUGGGAUCUAGUUAUCUUGGCCCUGCACGCUACAUGAGUAGCAAACACUUAAAUUGGGUUUUCAACAGUCCCAGCUUUCACUGCCAGGGUCCCAGUCAGAUUCCAGGAAUUUACACCCUAGCUUUGCUUGCUAAUCCUGGUUUAGAGCUAUCCUACUAAAAUCUUUAAUCCUAAAUCUUAGUCCUUGACUGUGAGAUAUGAGGUCUUACAGGAGACCUCAGGGCUCCCAGCCCUUCUCCUCCUGCUAACCCUCCUCACGCCCUGAAGAGGAGUUGGAAGAGAGGUCCUUGUCAUUCUCACCUCUUAUGGAAAAUAGAACAGGAAAUAAUCAUAUCCUUUCUUCCCACCCUUCUCCAGUGAUUUAGGAUUUCUGACAAAGAUGGCUGAGAUUGGUCACUUAGAGCCAACUAUCUCCUCCGCCUUUUGUUUUUCAGCUUCAGAGACAGAUCCAAUAUAGUCCCAGGGACCUGAGUCUCUGGGAUAGGAAGGAAGAGGGAAGGAGCAAAGAGAUUGGGGUAUAUCCCCUGUGCUACACUCCUACCUCUUAAUUCCUAGACUUUGAUUUCUCUGCCAGCCCAGAUGUUCAGUUCUCUUGGCCCUCUCUACCCCUUACUGGGAUUUGGUUUUCAUUUUCCAGUCCUUUUGCCAUACACAGUUGCAGAGAUCAGUCAAAUCCGUACCACCGCUGAGAUCUCAUUUAUUGCCACAGAUGCACAAAAUAAAUAACCCAAAAUCACAAAA